AUGGCCCCCGUAUUCCGCGACACCACGGCCUCCAUCUCCGACGGAGCUCCCGGCUCUCUGUCCACCAACAUGAUCAUGGGCUUGUCUAGCAUUGGCCUGCUCUUCAUCGCCUUCGUUGUCUUGGUCAUCCGAGUCAACUGGGGCGUGUGGAUCCUCUCCGCCCCCUCCGCUGCACGCACCUGGCUCUACGCCGCCCUCCACACUCGGCGGGCCCGCGCUCGCCCCAGCCGACCGAUCUUCCAUCGUCCUUUCCCACGUACCGCCCAGACGGCGCUGGGCCCGAUCACUACUCCACGUGCGACCCGGACCGUCGCCGUCGCCCGCCCCGUCGCCGUCCCGCUGCCGCUUCGCGUCGGGAGCGGGCGCGAGCGCCUGCGGCCCGCCUCGCAGAUGAGCGUCCGCUCGUUGGGCAGCAGCUCUGGCUACGGCACCUCGGACAGCGGGCACUCGGAUGCGCCUCUGCUGCCUCCCGCGGCGGCGAGUGUUUCCUCCCCUGUUCACGCGUCCUGCGGCUGCCACGAAGGCAAAGGGAAGUUUGCGGUAGAGACGAACCACGCGAUCGCCCUCGGCUUUUUACCCAUCUACCACAGCUAUGGUCUUCACUGCCUCUGCAUCCAGCCUCAGGCGUCGGUCUCCACCACCGUGCUCCUGCCGCGCUGGGAUCCAGCCCUCGUGUUCGACCUCAUUCCUCGCCACCGCAUAAACGUGCUGUACCUGACCCCGCCGGCAAUCUUGCACCUCUUGAACCACCCGCGCGUGAAGACGGCCGACCUCAGCUCCGUGAUCAGCCUCGGGAGUGGUGCGUCGUACCUGCCUCCACGGCUCGCGCGGGUUUUCACUGGGCUCGCGAAUAACGCCAAGCUGGUCGAGGGCUACGGCAUGUCUGAAACCACGCUCUCCAUCACUCGCCCAUGCCCCGAAAAGCUGGGGGGCCCGAAGUCCGGCAGCCCCGGGAUCCUCGUGCCCGGGCUGGAGGCUCGCUUCGUCCACGACAACGGCACGCUCGCGAGCCCGGACGAGCCGGGCGAGCUCUGGGUGCGCGGGGACGUCGUCGUGCUCGGCUACUGGGGCGACGCGCGCGCGGCGGUGGGACGUUCACCGGCGGCGGCUGGUUGCGCACCGGGGACCGGACCAGCACUUCUUCGGCGGCACGGCUUCGUCGAGCGCGUCAAGGACACCCUCGAGGUCUCCGGCCAGCAGGUCUCGCCCACCGAGCUCUCGGAGGCCGUCCUCUUCGCGCACCCGGACCGGCUCGUCGCCGACGUAACAGUCGCCGCCGUGGCGGGCGCGCGGCCCGCGGACGAGAGAGUUCCGCGCGCGUGGGUCGUGCUGAGCGAGGAGCGGCGGUGGCGCGGGGCGGCGGCCGCCGUGCGCGCGCUCGAGGCGUGGGUCCGGCAGAGCCUCAGUCGGUUCAAGUGGCUGCGCGGAGGGAUCGAGGUCGUCGACGAGAUUCCGAAGAACCCGACGGGCAAAGUGCUGCGUCGAGUGCUCGUGGAGAGGCACGAGGAGCGGCAGAAGGCGCUUUCUGCGAAGCUUUGA